AUAUACAUAAAUUCAUUUUUUCAUUUGCAUGCAUAGAAUAACGGUUUGUUUUUUUUCCACAAACAACGUUUAAAUAAUGCGCAAGUCAGAACGAAUCUUCCACAAAAAAUAUAUUAUGUGAAAUUUGCAUCAAUCUGCGUAAUACAACUAUGUAAAUUGUAUCAUCGAUAAACAAACCUUUUGGUUGAAACUUUUGAUGUGUUAUUUGAUUCGAUUCUAACCUAUAUUUGACACAAAACUCGAUGCUCAGAGCGAGAUAAAGGUAAUAAGGUACGAUACCACUCAAUGUGACCAUAUCUGUAUAAAUAAAAUAUGAAAGCCCUAGCAAGAAACGUAUAUUUCUCAUUUGGGAACAUUUGAAAGCGCAUUGCAAAAUUCCCCUAGAUUUCUAGUUAGUUGCUGGACGAAAAACUCGUAGAAUCUAAUCGAUGAGAGACCUAUUGCGGCAGGUGGCGCCAUCUAAAAAACAGUAGAAAGAUCAGAAAGUAUUGUAUUAUAGAAAGAAGUAAAACAUGGAUGUGGAUACAGCGAGCGAUAAUACGUCCAUCGAUGACAAGAUAGACGAUUUUUGUGAGAAUCCAACGAGAGAUGCUCUAACAGAAGGUCUUAUGAGUCUUUUGAAACCUACAGUGGAUCAAUUAGACGAAAGAAUUCGUGCCACAAGAAUAUGUCAAAUAGAAUUAAAACAACGGAUUGAAUCGUUGACGGAAGAAUUGCAGAGGAUCAACGAAGUAUUGCAGUGUCCACUGGAAACAGAUUCUUAUGUUAAAAAGUUGAUUAACGCUAAACAUAAAAUCACAAUUGUUAGUAACAUUUUACAAAGUACGCAAGAGCGAUUGAAUAAAAUUCACCAAGCAGUGGAGAAAAAUACAGUAAAAAGGAAAGCUUUACUGGAUCGUAGCUCUCCAUAUGGUAAUGCCUCUAAUAUUUUAAGUACAGAAGAACAAGUGGAAAUAGAGAAAGGGGCUAACGUUUCUAAAGAAUAUGAAUGA